GCUUAGACAACGUCAUCAAAAUCCAUCCAGAUCUGAGAUCACUCCAACACAGCAAACUAGCCUAGUGCUUGUUUCAAGCCCUCCCGCAGUCGUACUAGUGAGCGUAAUCUAACUGGACAAGAUGGACGCCGACAUCGAGCACCUAGUCCUCUCAGGCAAACUCUUCGGCACCAACUCCCGCUCCUCCUCCCCCUCACGCAGCCCCUCCCCAACCCUCUCAUUCGCAUCCGCCUCCUCCUCAUCCUCCUCCUCCCACCGACGUGCCCAAUACCAACACCAACCCGAUCCCAAUGCGCACCAAGAAUCAAUCGGGAUGGGUCCCGGACGCACAGGUGUAAAAGGCGUCAUCCGCGACCAACACGAAGCAGCUGCGCUCCACGCUGAGCGGCGCGCGCGCGAGAUGGAGGAGGUUCGGCGGAAGAUGGAGCGAGGGAAUUUAGGGGGGAAGACCUUCUUGGAGGAAGAAGCGGAAGAUAAGAAAGAUGCGCUAGAGUUCGCGAUUGCGCUGGGUGAGAAGCGGGAUGUGCUGGGUCUUCCGAAAGCGGGGCGAUUUGGGCAUUUGAGGGAGGUGGGGCGUGCGGGGUUUGUGGGUGCUGUUGAGAGGGAGGAUAGAGGUGUUUGGGUUGUUGUGCAUUUGUAUGAGUCGUCGUUGGAUCGGUGUUAUGCGCUUGAUGAAGUUUUGGCGAGGCUUGCGAGGAUUUACCCUGAGACGAAGUUUGUGCGUGCGAGGGCUGCUGCGCUGGGGUUUGCGUCGGCUGCGCCGUCGUCGACGACGGCGUCUCGGGUGAGGUCUAGGUCGGAUAAGAUGCCUGGGCGGUUUAUCGAUGAUGAUGAAGAGGAUCCGUAUGCUGAUGGGGCUGAUGAGAAGCCUUAUCACGACGACGACGAUGACGAGGGAGAACAGGAGGACGACGUCGACACCGACAUGCUACCCACACUACUAGUGUAUCGCGACGGCGAGCUCGUGCAUAACUGGGUACGUGUAGACUGGGAAGCGGGACAAGCGGGCGUCGAGGAUUUGCUCGCAAGACGAAAUGUUAUUUCAUCAUCUUUCAGGUCGACUGGCAAUUGCGGUUUGCCGGAAGAUGAUGGGGAUGAUCUGAUAUGGAGCGAUGAAGAACGAUGACCCCCCGAGAAUCAGUACUCAGUGGCAGACGGCAUGGGCUCUUACUGUUCGUUCAGGGUUCCGUGCCAUCCAAAAAAAAUCAUCCCUAUCUUUUGUAAUUGUUGUCCUCCCUGUUUCGGUGGACUCAUUCCCUGGUAUCGGGCGCAUUUCAACUUCAACGUGAUAGGACGUAAAACUUGUUCUUGUAUUUCAUAUAUACCCACUGGUAGGACUCCGCAAUGAGACCUCAUCGCUAUCUGAUUUUCACGGUGUCGCAGAUGUUGUGUAAUUUAUUUUGCCAGGAUCUGAUGUAGGUAUAUGUUACAUAUAGUGCUUGUCUUUGCCUGGUUUUUCUGCGUGUAAUUUGUGCCAUUGAUUCAGAUUCGUACAACUACGUAACUAUUGGACUCCAGUGGACGUGUACACCGUGAUUUCUCCGAGGAGGGGCCAAGCAUGUAAUCGCAUCUUUGGCCG